AUGUGUUAUAACUAUUAAAAUUUAAGGUAUGAAAUAUUUUGAUAGUUUUUUAGAUGGAACCCAAUUCAAAAAAUCAUAUCCUUUAAUAAAGUCUUAAUAUAUGCAAUAUAAAACUAUGAAAACUUAAGUAAAUAUUUUAUAAUUGCUCCUAUAAUACUAAAAUUAUCUAAUCUCAUAAUUGGGAAAACCAAUUUUAUUAAAAAAAACUUGUUUCUGCUUAAUUAAGGAAAACCUAGAUUAUUUGGUAUAAAUGGAAUUAAAUUUUCUCUGAAAUUCAUUUCUAUUUUUUAAAUAGAGUUGGAUGCAUUUUAUUUGAUAGAAAAAUAUCAAAAUAAGUUUAAUCCAAAUUUAAAUAAAGAAAAAAUCAAUAAUUUAGCUCAAAAAAUAUAGUUUGAAAAUUUCUAUAUAGAAAAAGAUGUGUGUUAUUUGUGAGCAACAAAAAAAAUAAUCUUCUUAUUUUUGAUGAUUGCUUUUAAGCAUAUUAUUUAUUUUACUAUAAUGGGCAUAUUCAAUAAUUAUAAUAAUGUUUUCUGAAUCAGAACACUCAAAGUCAGUUAAAACUAGUUCAUUUAAGGAAUUUAUAGAACUGUUAUCAACUGAUAGAAAGCAGACCCUACCAAUCUUAAAUAAACUAAAAUCUCAGUAAACUCUUGGAAGCAUAAUACAUCAUACUAACGAUAGUGCACAAUUAAAAGAUAUCCAAUUAGCUUAGAAUAUAAGACAUGUAUCAAUUAAUCGUAUUAUUGAAUAUGAUUAAUAUUGUAACAGUUAAGGUUUAAUAGCAAUAUAAACUUUAAUAAUAAGACUCAGAUAUUAACAAUAUGAGAUUUAAGUAAAUAAUAGAUAACCCUUCUUUUAAAAACUCAAAUCACAUAGUUUCUUAUGAAAAAAGCAGUUUUAGUUAGCAUUUUCGGAUAACAUCUCAAAGAUCAAGUCCAUAAUCAAAAAAAGUAAACAUCAUAUGAAAUCAUCAGUUAUUUGUUGAUAUUGUUAAAGGGACAGAUAAAAUAAAAACUGAUUUAGUUUGUCCUUAUAGUCCUCAACUUUUAAAGUCUCAAUAGUAGAUAAUUUCAGGAUACCUGAAAGAUUUGGCAAAGUAAAUUUUUCUUUAUAGUAUAAAUAGAAAAAGAAGAAAACCGUAAGGAAUAGAUGCAAGAUUGGAUUUUGAAGCUGAAUUAAUUUAUUCUGCCCUCACUCAAGAUGGCGAUUUGGCGAAAAAAAUUUUUAAUAAAUCAGGAAGCCAAGUCAAACAAAUAUUUCGAAAUAUAUUAGCUACAGGCUAUGAUUAAUAAAUGUAUUAUUUAAAUAGGAUAAGGAGUAUUCAUUAGGAUUGA